AUGGAAUAUCAACUACGCCGCGAGAACCCCAAGAAUAUCAAGGUAAAGAAGACAGUCAGCUGGGCUGACAAGGCCGCGGAACGGAACACGUCCGCCCCCGGAGAUGUGGGGCUCGGGACCGACCGAUCAGGCCCGCGUGUAACGAAGAAGCCGACCUACAAGGACCGGCGGGUUCUCCUUCGGAUCAAGGCAGACUCCGAGACCCUCAAGAAAGAUGGCUACCAAGUCCGAGAUAUGCUACUGAAGCAUCUAAAGCUGGAUGAUCGAGAUAUAGAAAACGUGAAACCAACUAACACUGGCUGGGCUGUUCGGGCCCGUACCGAUGAAAUCCAGGAGCUACUAAUCUCUACACAGGAAGAAUGGGGGCCGAGUGUAGACCUCCUUAUAGCUGAGAAAAACAUCCCAUGGUAUACUUACAAAGUUAAACGGUUCCCGAAGGAAAUACUAGAUUGGGAAGGAGCCCCUAUGGAUUAUAAUGAAGCAGUUGAACGUGAAGUUCUACGCCAGACAGGGCAACUACCCGUUGCCUGGCACGUGUCGAACAGAGACCCUGAUAACAACCCCUCCGAGGUCUCCCUCAUGAUAUCCUUCACAGAUAAAUUGGCCACAAACUUUAGGAUGCUGGGAAAUAGCGAAUUUUCCUUCGAACUUAACCGCCCCAAGAAGAUAAUACAGUGUGACAACUGCUGGAACUUCCAUGCCCCGACUAGAUGCAUGGCUGCGACUGUUUGCAAGAACUGUGGCCAACGCACAUCUAGUGAUCAUACCAAUGACAACUGCACAAGAUUUACCCAAUGCACCAACUGCUUAGGACCACACCUGCCCGACAACAUCACCUGUUUCGCAAGACCAACGAAGAAUAAAGACAACCAGACGAUCUCUAAGCUCUCGAAAUCACAGGUUAUCAGCGCACGCGCAAGUGGGCUGCGCCUCUACAGACGGACACAUCCAGAGACAAUGCUUACUAGCUCUCCCAGCUCCUCGCCAGCACCUCCUACCCCGACAAAAGCCAGGACACAAGUCUCCACCAAUGAUAGUAUGGAGAUAGACAAUCAACCUGCUACCGCCCAGAAUCCUGCUCAAUCCCAAGAGGCCGACAUGGACAUCUCUAGUGACGAGAUCGCACUGGAGGCCCCCCAGGUGCAGGGAAGCGAUACCGAGAUGGAUGGGGAAUACCAACAAACCUCAAAUGUACAGGAAGGACAAGACGAACAAGACCUUGCCGACGAGCAGUUCGAUCGAGACGACGAAGAAGACGAUGCUGAAGAAGAGACUGAGGAAGAGGAGCUAACGGGGCCCGCUACUAAGAUUAAAGAUCCUUUAGCCACGGGCAGCCCAGCCCCGACACAAAGGAUAGCUACAAGAAGAACGAGCCAAGCCCGACCCGAGACCCGCACCCGAGGGACGACCCGGGUCCCAAUAACGCUCCCUGGAUCUCAUCCCCAGCCAAAAAAGGGGAUUAUCGGGAUCAAAGCCAAGUACCUACAAAAGGAGAUCGAAGUCCCCCGAGUCCCCCCUGAUCUAGAAAGCGGCGAGGAUGGAAUCGGCGACGUCGAAAGUGGCGACGACGAAAGUGGCGACGGUGAAACAAUUGUCUUCUCCCGGCCCAAGCCUAAUAACAAACAGCCGCCUAGAGGACGACCACGCUCCCCUAUAGGCCAGAAGACGAAAACACUGCCCAAAAACAAAGAAACUACUGUUCAGAGCAGCAGAACUAGGUCUCCUCCUAGCAGCCCGCCAGCUCGAGAACGCUCUCCAUCCAAGAAACACAAGACUACGCGAGUAAAUGAAUAA